UUUAAAUCUUCGGUCUUUAAAUAGGAUGUCCUGCAAACCUGACGAAUGGCUAGAAGCUAUCAAGAGUGGUAAAUGUUUACCAGAAAAAGACUUGAGAGUGCUAUGUGAAAAAGUCAAAGAAAUCCUCAUCGAAGAGAACAAUGUUCAACCAGUGAGCGCACCAGUAACCAUCUGCGGAGAUAUUCACGGUCAGUUCUAUGAUCUAUUGGAACUGUUCAGUAAGGGCGGCGAUGUUCCGGAUACAUCAUACAUUUUCAUGGGAGAUUUCGUUGACAGAGGAUAUAACUCAGUUGAAACAUUCGAACUCCUCCUAGCUUUGAAGUUGAAGUACCCUGCCAACAUCACCUUGCUCAGAGGAAACCACGAAUCCAGACAGGUAACUAGUGUCUAUGGAUUUUACGAUGAGAUCCUAAGAAAAUAUGGAAAUGCUAAUCCAUGGAAGUACUGCACUGAUGUGUUCGACUACCUAGGAAUUGCAGCCCUCGUUGAAGGCAAACUUCUCUGCAUCCAUGGUGGACUCUCUCCAGAUGUCAAGACUAUCGAUCAGAUCAGAGUUAUUCAAAGAUGCAAGGAAAUCCCACACGAAGGACCUUUCUGUGAUUUGAUGUGGAGUGACCCAGAAGAUAUUGAUACUUGGGCCAUGAGUCCAAGAGGAGCUGGAUGGCUCUUUGGAUCCAAAGUCACUAAGGAAUUUAACAGAAUUAAUGAUCUCAGUUUGAUUUGCAGAGCUCACCAGUUGGUACAAGAUGGAUUCAAAAUUUGGUUCAAGGAUCAAAACUUAGUUACUGUUUGGUCAGCUCCAAAUUAUUGCUACAGAUGUGGAAACGUCGCUAGUAUUCUCCAGGUCGAUGAAAAUCUUGAAAACAAAUAUGAGAUUUUCUAUGCCGUUACUGAUAGCUCAAAAUCAGUCCCAUACAGGAAUGUAGUCCCAUACUUCUUGUAAACAAACACAAACUGCCUCGGAGUCAUCUCCAGGAGAGCAGUUUCUUCUCCACAAUAGAAUUCGAGGCCCCUUGCUUGAGGAGAGCAUCUAAUUCUUAGAGAAGACAAUUGUUAUCUUUUCUUACUCAACACAU